GAGUUGUUCUCAUUCUUAAUCUCAAAGAGAUUAAAAAAAUUUUCAACAUCUUCGAUCGACUUCCCAACGUGGUUCUGUUAAUUAUCGCCAAAAACCAUACAAGCGCCUUCACCUCUUAACGCAAAUUCCUCACCCAUUUAGAUCUAAGUUUUGCAGUCGCCUCGAACACUUCAUUAAAAUAAUAACAGAAGCCCAUGACCAGCUAGCAUAAAAUCCACCAAGCUUAAACGUAACCCAAACACGUUCUUCCCCAGCUUGAAUCAAAAAGAAAGCCGACUGACAAACGACCAAACCGUUCCGAUUCGAAGAAAAAAAACACACCAGUGAUCUACUUUGGCUCGCAGCCCCGAAGCGGGCACUGGUUCAGUAAGUUCAGCAGACGACAUCCUGAAAUGGUGACGUUGGUCAGGACAGAGCUUGAUUGCAGAAGAAUUGGCCAGCGUACACCACGGACUCGGUCAGCGAAGUAGAGAGUGAGCGCAUUCGCACGCGAAUAAUCCUCGACGAAGCACCUUCAGAACUCUUCGCCGGUUUCGCAAAGACGCACCUUGACCAUAGAGAGUACUUCACUAUUAUUUUGUUUUUUGUUGUGUGGCUACUGGUGCAAGCCCCAGGAAUGAGGGUGACGAAAGAACGUGGGUGUAGCAUGCUUUGGGGUUUUCAAGACGAAGUCCACGCUUCCCCUAAGGUCUCGGACUUGUAGAAGACGCAGGAUUUGAGGAUGAAGAUUUUACUACCGAGGAAACACAUGUGGAGAGAAGUAAAUGCCAUAUCGUUCGUAAUACUAUCUCUUUUAUUACCUUCGUGCCUAUCCAAGGAAGAAAUUCAUUCUAGACAAAAAAGAAUAUUGUGGGUAACAGCCGAUGGUAGAUUGGCUUUACCUCCAGGCACCACUCUAGUCAUUUCUCCUUCUUUAUCGUUGCCAUUUGUUAGGUAUCCCCCCGAUGGAUUUUUUUCCAACAUGACUGUCAGUUUACCCUUCACGAUUGACUUUAAUAAACUCGGUUUAACCGACAACGAAAAUCCUUUUGGUGUAGUGCCUCCAGUUUUAGCACGCUCUAUGGGAAGAGCGGCAGGAGGAAUUUUAGCAGAUUAUAUAGGAAGUUUCUUAGAUCAUCGAAAAAGAAGUAGAAACAAGAGAUCACUACAAGAUGCUACUCCUCAACCACCUGAGCAAUAUAAACAUGCGUUUCAUGGUGGUGAGAGAGCAUUAUUGUAUGUAGUUUUAGAAGAAUUUUUGGAAAGUUUUGGAAUGGACGGUAAAGCUUGCCUAUUACGAGCAAUUUGUGAAGUACACGCUCAUCCAUUGAAAAACUUUGGACUCGUAGGGGAAAUGCUGAAAUUAUUUUUAACAGCGAGUAAAUCGCCGUACUCAGAAUUACUAAAUGAGUAUGUAGAGGCUGAAAAUGCGGGUCGUGGCAAGUCUGGUGGACCAGCUGAAUGUUGGCCUUACAUGAAAGACUGCCCCAAAUCCCUGUUUCUCCCUAAGCAUAAUCACUAUAGUGAAACAAGUGAAGAAAAUGUGAUUGAAGAAGAAAACAAAGUUACCUACGACACCACACUAAAGAAUAUGUAGUAAACCCAUGGUUCUAAAAUAUAGUGAUAUAAUUUAUUAUAAUUUAAACGGGUGAGAAUGAAACUAAGUCAGUGUAGACGAUUUGCGGUAAAUUGUGUAUAGAAAGAACCGUGCUCAAAUAGUAGGAUAUCUUUGGCGUUAGGAAAUGGUACGACUGCCUAAACAGAUUACAUGCCUGCAGUAGGUAACUGCUGUAAAAUAAUUUAAUUACUACGAUUAAAUUUCUUGAUGGGAAUAUCAACAACGUAAUUUUAUUAUCUUCAUUAUCUAAGUAACUGUUUCUGAAAAAUAUUGCUUGUACAGAAUGUAAAUUUAAAUCUUGUAAAUAAACAUUAUAUGUAUACGUCUUGUAA